UCCUCCCCCAACAAUACACUUUAAAACCGAGCAAAGCCAGGUGGCACGACCACCAAGUCCCUGCCAUCACUGGCGCCUCCAGUCUCAAUGGGAAAAACCUUUUUUCUUCUUAUCCCUAAACAAGGACGAGAAUGUGAUUAAAAACGGGGGAAAAUGCCAAGGAGGAAGCAGGAGCAACCCAAGCGCCUGCCUUCACAUGUGGACAGCAACGAGGAAGGGGGGCCUGAUGACGGUCCUGUGGAGGAGGAAGGCUGGUUUGGGAAUGCUUCUGACACACGCUCAGAGUCGUCAUCGUAUGGAGACACCCAGGAUGAGCUCCUCCUGGCCCGGGGCUCCUCUCCCGAUGAACGGCCUGGAGUCAGCACUGGGUCCGGGGACCAAGAUACCUGUGGAGGUGAGAGCUCAUUGGGUUGCCCCACACCCAUCCAUCGUGCCUCUUUGGAACUUCUUGGACUGGAUGGAGGUGCAUUCUCGGCCCAGGACACACUCUCUUCUGUAGUAUCAUCACUGUAUGGUGAGGCUGCAUCUCGUGCCCUGGGAAAACCCCUCAGCAGCAACCUACGGCGCCUCCUAGAGGCUGGGUCGCUGAAACUUGACACUGGGGAGCUCCUGGGUCGGUCAUCGAGGGGGGGUGCUGGAGGGGAGUCUCCUCCAAUAGGUCUAGCCCCACCUUUGACCCUCUCCCCGUCUUCCCACCAUGCCCAGCAGUUAAGUGCUCUUGCCCGAAAACUGGCCAAUAACAAUAACAGCGGCUCAGCCUCACCAGCCUCCUUGGCACCCUCAGUCACCAACAUUAAACAAGAGCCCCUUGACCCCUUUAACUCUGUCACCCCUAGCAACGGCAGUGGCUUUGUAUGGGCAGGUGUUGCAGAUAAGUGGCCACCGGCCAGCUGCUCCACGCCCUGCGGCUCCAGCCUGUCCCCCGACUCUGCAAUCCAGAAGUUAAAAGCAGCAGCGAAUGCUGUACUUCAAGACAAGAAUGCCGUGGCCUCCUCAACGACUUCUUCCUCCUCCUCCACCUCUGCCUCAUCUGCAGUGCCCGCCCUCGGAGGGGGUGGUCGAGGAGAUGAUGUGGUGCGCUUUGAUGCCUUCAACUCUCCGUUCAGCCCACAGUCAGCUAGCUCCACCCUCGCUGCACUUUCCAAGAAAGUCAGCGAGCGGAGCCAAGCUUCGUCAACGGCCAGUGCUGCUCCUGACCACCAAGCCUCAGCCAGUUCCUUCCUCUCACUUGUGUCAAUGACCUCCUCUGCUGCCUUGCUCAAAGAGGUGGCAGCCAGGGCAGCGGGAAACCUGCUGGCAGAGAAGAAGGAUAGUUCCUCCUUGACGUCUGCUGGGGUCCUCCAAGAGGAUGUGAAGCCCCUGCUUGACAAGAACCAGAAGGCUCCCACACCCAAUACACCCACCCAGAGCCUGGAGUUGCUAUUGCCCUCUACCCCAAAGGGCAGAGGCAAACCCAACAGCCAAGCAGGCUCUCCCGAGGAUGGCGGCAAACCAUUCCAGUGUCCUGUGUGUGGACUGGUCAUCAAACGCAAGAGCUACUGGAAGAGACACAUGGUCAUCCACACAGGCUUGAAAAGCCACCAGUGUCCCCUGUGUCCCUUCCGUUGUGCUCGCAAAGACAAUCUUAAGUCCCACAUGAAGGUACAUCAGCACCAGGACCGGGGUGAGACGUUUCAGUGCGAACUUUGCCCCUUCACCUCCUCCCGUCACUUCAGCCUGAAACUUCACAUGCGCUGCCACCAGCACUUCCCCCGCACAGACGUCAAGGUGAAAGAGGAACUCACCACCGACACGGAGGGCGAGGGCUCCCUGAUGGGUGACAGCGGCUCCGGGGACCUGAGGGGGACGGAAGUGUCGCCACUGCAUUCAGACACUCAGCAGCAGUCAUCGCCUCCGGUCGAGGCUUCCUCCAAUCAUGUCCACAUCAAGGAGGAGCCACAGGAGAGAGAUUUGUCUGUGCUCUCCCCCUUUAGCAUGUGCAGGGACCGUCCCAGCAGCAGUGCCAACUCCCUGGACCUACCUGGAGUUGGGGUAGGAGUCGGGGUCAGAUCCAGUCCUAGUGGUCCAACCACAGCCUCACUCUUCAGCCCUGACAUCAGUACCAAGACAGCCACUGACCUGCUUAUGAAGCUGUCAGCGGCCAACCAGAGGGAGACACUCAAGUCUCCAUUCCACCUGAAGGAAGAGCCCAAAGUGGAGGAAGCGUUGAGCCCUAGACCAUCCUCCCAGUCCCAGAGCCAGGUCCAGCCAAGCUUCCCUGCGACUUUCUGUCAGGACGGGCCAGUGGGGGCUGCAGCAGCCACAGAGCGCCAAGGGCCAUUGAAACCAAGGGAAGGAAGCCCAAUGGCUAAGAACAGCUUGCUGAGCCAGGAUAUCAACGUUAAGGUGGCCUCUGAACUGCUGAUUAAGCUUUCAGAGAACAACAAAGAUGCCCAGUACCAGAAGGUGAAAGUAAAGGCAGAGCCCAUGGAGGUGGACCCACCCCCUGCAGAACUCACCCCACCUGCCUCUCACCUGCUGGCCUUCAGCACUUUAGGGGCGAGUGAGAAGAGUGAGCCGAUGAGCAACCUCCCGGAGACGUUGUCCCGCCCCCAGAAAGACCUCUUCUCCCAGGACAUAUCGGUCAAAAUGGCCUCCGAACUACUGUUCAAGUUGUCAGAAAAAGUCAGCAAAUCCAACAACCACAAAGACGGCAACAUGGUGGGAAUAAACAGUCCAUUCCUGGACGAGUGCUUCAGACAAUCACCCUUUAACUCGCGCUCCAAGAGCUCUUCCCCCGCAGAGGCCAGCUCUUCUACCAGGGCAGCAUUUCACGACUCAGAAAAGGAUGAUGUGGAGCUGGGAAACGGGAUCGCCCAGUGGAGACUAAACGAACAGCUCUUCCCCUGUCCUGUUUGUGGCAAGGUGUUUGGUAGACAGCAGACGCUCUCUAGACAUCUGUCUCUACACACAGAAGAGAGGAAGUACAAGUGUCACCUGUGUCCUUACGCAGCCAAGUGCAGGGCUAACCUCAAUCAGCACCUGACCAUCCACUCUGUCAAGCUGGUCAACACAGACGCUGAGCAGAUCGUCAGCGCUGUUACAGCUGACUCUGCCGAGCGCAAGAACUGCCCCUACUACUACAGCUGCCAUGUGUGUGAUUUCCAGACGGAGCUGAACGCCCAGUUUGUCAGCCACAUGUCGCUCCAUGUGGACAAGGAGCAGUGGAUGUUCUCGCUCUGCUGCAGCGUCUGCGACUACGUCUGCAUGGAGGAGAACGACAUGAAGAACCACAUAAGUACUGGACACGCAGGUCUGAACUCAAGGAGUCCCCUCAGCGAGACCAAGAGCACCUCCUCGUCCCUCUCAGCCCUCAGCGAUUCACUCAACAGCUCGGAGGGCGGAGACCUCACCCACGGUAACGAAGAACUCAGGGGCCUGCUUGCCCCACCCUCCUCUGCAGGCAGCCAGUCCAGCUCUGGAAGCCACUCGGGAUCAGGAACUGAGGACAAGUCUGACAAAGGCUUCGAGUGUGUCUUCUGCAAUUUUGUGUGUAAGACGCGUAGCAUGUAUGAACGGCACCUCCAGAUCCACCUCAUCACGCGAAUGUUUGAGUGCGACGUCUGCCACAAGUUCCUUAAGACGCCUGAGCAGCUGCUGGAGCACAAGAAGUGCCACACCGUCCCCUCCGGAGGGCUCAAGUGCCCUUUCUGUAUCUACUCCACCAAUCGUCCAGCGGCCAUGGAGUGCCACCUUAAGACGCACUGUAAGAUGGAGUACCGCUGCCGCAUCUGCCAGGGACUGUGGCCCGACCAGGCCUCAUUGGAGGCCCACAUGCGCGGGCACCGCCUGGGCAACCACUACAAGUGUGAGCAGUGUGGCUACUUGUCCAAGACGGCCAAUAAGCUGAUCGAGCAUGUGCGUGUGCACACGGGCGAGCGGCCCUUCCACUGCGACCGCUGCUCUUAUAGCUGCAAGCGCAAGGACAACCUCAACCUGCACAAGAAGCUGAAGCACGCGCCGCGCCAGACUUUCGGCUGCCAAGAGUGCCCUUUCACCACCACACACCCCUUUGUCUUCAGCCGCCACCUCAAGAAACACCAGAGUGGAGGAGUGGGGGGAGGCUUAGGAGGAGAAGAAGAGGAGGACGAUGAGGAGGCAAGAGAAGAGGAGCUGCCACUCCAGGGAACGUCACCGGGGGGCUCCUUGUUACGGAAGGGCCAGGAGAACUUCCUGUUCAGUGGAGGAGGAGGGAGCAGUGGAGGGAGCAGUAGUAACAGCCCUCUCAUGAGUCUGACGGCGUCCCAGGCGCUCCAGUCCGUCGCCCUGUCACUCACACUGGGCAAGUCCCACCAGUUGGACGCCACCAGCCCACUGCACUGCUUGGUCAGCGCCAACGGCAACAACGCCACCAGAAACCCCGGCGGCCCGAGCAGCGGCGGCCCCUCCCUCUUCCUCCCCUCCUCCCGCCACGUGUUCGAGCAGUACAGGAACUGCGACCGGGCACACCUGAUCCCCCUCACCACCCUGUUCACCCACAACAGCCGCUUCACAUUCCACUCGCACCUCCACUCCAGAUGGCGGCCCGCCACAUCUCCUCUCCUCUUCUCCUCCUGCAACUCGGCAUCCCCCUCCCGCUCUCCGCCCUCACCCACCUCCCACAAACACUCCUUCCUGGCCUACCUGGGACUGAUGGAGAGGGCCAAGACUGUUUGACCUCGCCCACCUCCUCUCCUCCACCUCCUCUCUCUUUCCCUCACUCCUCGGACAGUGGUGUGAAUGACACUUGACCACUGCAGUGGGAGCAAACGUCUUUUCCAAUCAGACCAGCAGAAUAAGCUGGACCAGACAAACAUAUUGAAGAAAAGAAAAAAAAACAUUUAUAAGAGAAAAAGGCUGUACAUGCUAAAAAUGCAUUUAUAUCAAAAAGCUGCUUUUCUUAUCAGUUCUAUCAAUUGAAUUAUUACUACUUCAGCUACUACUCUCUAUUACCUUUUUCUUUUCUGUUUUUAAAUGUCUGAAUGACCUGGACCCAGUUGCAUUAUCUGAGGAAACUAACGUAUCUCAGUUUUAUAGAUAUUUUUCUUUAGUCGUUUGACGAGAUAAAAUGUUGAAAAAGACGAAACAAAACUUGCAAGUGCUAUAUUUUAGUGCAUUUUUGUCUAUUGCUAUUAUGCAUCAAAAUAGCAUGCCUGUUUCUGUGUUUCAACUAGCUUUGACGUCAUUAGGAAGCUAAAUUCGAGAUAUCCUGAAGUGUUAGCGGUGCAACGUGGACAGAACCAAUGAAACGGAAUGCUUUUCAUUGAAAAAGGCACGUUUCCAAAGCAACGCCUCAAACCACGCACUUACUUAUUUAUCAGUCUUGUACAUAGUUUUGUAGCCCUUCCCCUUCCCAUCUUUUUGAUUUCUGUUGGUUUUUUGUAUAAUGGUGAAACCAUAUUAUGCAUGGCUGCUGCUGAUAUCGCCUCUGUCUCAGAUUAAAUGUCACUUAAAUGGGUUAGUAGCUAGUUUUUUUUUGUAAGCUCACAAAACAGAAGAUAAGCUGUGAUGAUGUAAAUAAGGAAAAUAUUGAAUUUGACCUAUCAAUUACAAGAAACGUUAUACAUUUAUUACUAAUAAUUUGAUUUGAAUAUCAAUGUAAACUGUCGCCAAUGAAUUUGCACUCACAGGUGAAUAAGCAGUGAAAUAAUGAGACUCGUGAUAAAGUGGAAACAUUCGUUCAUUAUGUCUGAGACCAGGUGGAUAUCAGUGCAGCUUCAUAUGCAGAACUAUGUAUCACGCACCUAUACUUAGAAGAGAUAUAUGAGAUAACUGUUUUGUGGAGGUGACCAGCUCUGGGUUAGCAAGCUACCCACAGCCAGGGUCACCACAGGCCGAUUCAAUGGUGCUUUUUGGAGCUUUUUGUAAUUUUUGUGUACAAAAAAAGAAAAAAAACUGUUCCAAAAUGACUUGAAUGAAUGUAUUUUUGUUUAUGUACAUGAAAAUGAAGCGAUACAGAAGUGUGAACAGGGACGUCUUCUGUGCUGGACAAGACGGGAAAGUUAGUGUGUUUGGUGGCCUUCUGUGUCUUUCUUUUGGGGUCUUUUCUUUUUGUCUUUCAUUUUUUUUUUUUUUUUUACUUUUUUACUGAGCCUUUUACAUCAUAAUAAAACAUUUUCUACUAACAUUCAUAGAGAACACAUUGUGAGGAAAAAAGCUCCUGUAGGUGCAAUGAUGAAGCAAAGCCAUUCACUUGUACAGCAUUGUGUUCAAUGGCACUGGCUUCUGUUAGGCCGGCAGACAUGGUACUGCUUUUUGUGCCCCCCUUCCCCUCCUCCUCCUCUUCCUCCUGUCAACCUUUUGAGUUUUAAUUGCACUUAAUGUAGUUACACUUCAAGCCAAAAGCACUUAAACCUUUUUAAUUUUUCCUUUUUUUUUUUUAAGUGCAAACUUAGAUCCACCAAGUUACCGCAAUGUGAAGUGGACAGUAGUUGCUGGAAAUGACU